CGACGCCCAUUGGAAGAUUACGCCACGCCACUCUCAGACGCAGCCUCCUUCUCCAACUCCUUCUUACAGAGACCAGACCACUUUCUUUUCUGUGAUGACCCGUCUCGCCCUCCGGCACACGUUAGCCUCCGCCUCUUCCUCUACCUCAACCUCUCGAUGUGCAAGUCCAAAAGCAGCACAAACGUGACCGAACCCAUGCCCCGUCGAUCUCGCACCUUCCAGUCAUCUUCUUCUUCGCCUCAUACCACCGCCAAUAAUCUCCGUCCCAAUUCUUCUUCCUUUCAGCUCACCACAGAAUCCACUAGCUACUACUACAAGGACUGGUCUAAGGGCUCCUCCGUUUCCACCGCUUCCUCUCUCUCUAGCCUUAAGGACUCUUUGCCUGAUAACCCCCAUAUCUACGAGUUCUCCGAGAUUUCCUCCGCCACUGGGAAUUUCCUUUCCCAAAAACACUCCUCUUCAUCUUCUUCUUCGUCCUGGAGAUGCUCCAUUCGCAACAAGGAUGUUCUGGUUUUCCAGCGCAAGUUUCGCCGUCCCAUGGACAUGCCGGAGCUCCGAGAUCGGCUUGCUGUCAUCUGCCGGAGCCACCAUAGUAGCUUGAUCAAACUUCUCGGGGCAUCGGUCUCCGGUAAUUCCAUUUAUCUUGUGUAUGACUAUGUUCAGGGUGUGAAUCUCGCUGAUUGUCUUCGAAAUCGUUUGAAUCCCAGCUUCACUGAUCUCUCUACGUGGCUUUCUCGGAUGCAAAUUGCCACUGAUCUUGCCCACGGGCUAGAUUACAUCCACCAUUUCUCCGGACUCAAUUCGAAUUUCGUGCACAACCAUAUCAAAAGUUCGAGCAUCGUCAUCACGGAGGAUACUCUAAACGCGAGGAUUUGUCAUUUCGGAACCUCGGAAUUGUGCGGUGAAAUUGUCGCCGCCGAAACACCUUCCAGUUCCAAUUCCUCGAAAUUGAAGGAGCUGCAGAGAUCCGGUAGCCGGACGGUGAGACUGGAAGGGACGAGAGGGUAUAUGGCGCCGGAGUAUCUGGCAACGGGGAUCGCGACGCAGAAAUCGGAUGUGUACGCUUUUGGGGUCGUGAUUUUGGAGCUCCUCAGUGGGCAAGAGGCGUUGAAGUACGAAUUCGAUGACGACGGUGGGUAUAGAAGGAUGAGUGUGGUGGAGACGGCGAGGUUAGCUAUGGCGGAAGAAGGUGGCGCGAGGAAAUGGGUGGACAAGCGGCUGAAGGAUUCGUUUCUGGUGGAAGCAGCAGCAGAGAUGAUUCGGGUCGGGUUAGAUUGCGUGGAAGAAGAUCCGAGUGAGAGGCCGGAUAUGGGUCGGGUUGCAGUAUUUAUAUCGAAACUGUACUUGGAUUCGAAGAGGUGGGCCGAGAGUAUGGGAACGGCUAUUGACCUGACUGUCUCAUUAGCACCUCGGUGACUCCUCUGAUUUUCGCGACGAGAUUUUUCGUGUUGGAGUUUUUCUUUUCCUUUUUUUUAAUUUUUUUUAAUUUCUUAAAAAAAAAUCACAUUUUGUUUUUCUUGAAACUGUCAGCAUUCAAAGAGUGACGAAUAUUAUACGUUGUAUAUAAUGAAAGAAAAUCAUCAUUUUCAGAGAAGGAACUACGAAGGCUUGCAGAAUGAAAGAAUAUAUUUGGCCAAACAAAAAAAAAAAAACAGAAUAUAAUGGCGUGUAAGUUGUAACAAUUAUGGUUAGCAAUUAUGUUAUUUUCAAGUGCGAAUUCAUUGAAAAAGAGCGAGCACAGUGUGUGUAAAGAAUAGACCAAAAUAUAUUCGAGUGUCUUUGUUACUAUAUUUAUACAAGAAAGGCUAAAAAGAGUGACUUUUUAAUGUGUA